CAGCUACAUUAUCAAGAAUUCAUUCACAACAGAUAUCUUUUCAGUCCUACAACCACCAAGCAUCAUGAUUUCCCUAGCAGAAGUCUAUCAUGUUGUGGCAGCCACAGUUCCAUUAUAUGUUGUGAUGAUAAUAGCCUAUAUCUCUGUGAAAUGGUGGAAGCUUUUCACACCAGAUCAAUGUUCAGGGAUAAACAAGUUCGUGGCACAAUUCUCAGUUCCACUAUUGUCAUUCCAAAUAAUCUCUGGAAACAACCCCUACAAAAUGAACCUUAGACUCAUAUUGGCCGACUUUUUGCAGAAACUACUUGCCUUUUUGGUAUUGACAGCAAUUAGUAAAGUCAGCCCUAGAGGAAACUUAAAUUGGAUCAUAACUGGUCUGUCUCUGGCAACACUGCCUAAUACUUUAUUUCUGGGACGUCCACUAUUGAAGGCCAUGUAUGGGGAUCAAGCAAUUGUGCUCCUUGACCAAAUAAUUGUCUUACAAAGCCUAAUUUGGUACAAUCUAUUGUUGUUUCUGUUUGAGCUCAAUGCCACAAGGGCAGCCCCCAUGGCACCACCAUUAGAAGACCCAGUAGGGGUAGAAGCCCCCCAAGAAGCUCAAAGAAAAGAGGAAGAGGAGGAAGUGAGAAAUGGAUCCAGAACAACAAGGAAAGUCAAAACCAUGAGCAUUCUCUUAAAUGUGGGGAAGAAGCUUAUAAGAAACCCCAAUACUCAUGCAACUUUGAUAGGUCUUAUUUGGGGGAGCAUACACUUCAAGUGGAAAGCAAAAAUGCCAGGAAUUGUUAAUCAAUCAAUAACAAUAAUUUCAAAUGGAGGAGUUGGUAUGGCAAUGUUCAGCUUAGGUCUUUUUAUGGCAUCACAGCCAAACAUAAUAGCAUGUGGAACCCGAAUGGCAAUCUUAGCCAUGGGAAUGAAGUUCCUACUGGGGCCUGCUUUAAUGGCUGCAUCCUCCACAGCCACUGGCCUAAGGGGCAUGGUCUUUAGAACAGCUAUUGUGCAGGCAGCCCUUCCUCAAGGAAUUGUUCCAUUUGUUUUUGCCAGAGAGUACAAUGUACAUCCAGACAUAUUGAGCACCGGGGUAAUUUUUGGCAUGCUUAUUGCCCUGCCGAUAGCAUUAGCCUACUACUUCCUGCUAGCAAUGUAAUCUAACUCCAUGACCAGGAAUCUGUGAGACAUAAUUCAUACUAGGAAAGUGUAAAUUGUCAAAUAUAGUCCACAGAAAUAUCAUCCAAUUUAUUUAAGUUUCUUUGACAUGUGACAUGACUGAUUUUCUACCAAGCACACAAAUGUGUUUAUCAAGAAAAUUAGCAGGCCAAUUGAUGAAUGGUGAAAUUACAGUUACAUGUAAUUUUACAUCA